AUGGCCUACAACCGUCUAGGCAGUCCCCAGCGGGAUGGUCCUUAUUCUCCCAGCGCUCAACCUCAAUACGACUCGAGAUCGCCCUCGCCAGGUCGACCCUUACAGCCCUAUAUCCAUCCUGACGAAGCCUACGCGCGACAGCAGCCUCUGCAUUUGCAAAUGCCCACCGCCUCUGAUGACCGACUAGCCAUGCAGCCUACGUAUUCGGUCGAGAAUGUUCACAACCCCCAAGCCUACGGUCAGCAGUAUGGGCAGCAUCUCCCCGACUCUGGGGACAUGGGUUACGGCAGAAACGAUUACAUAGUUUCUCCCGAAGAGCAUCAUGAUGCCUAUUACACACAACCAUAUUCCCCUCAUCCACAAGGCGACUAUGCCUUAGAUCCUUAUCCUUCCCACGAUGAACCCUACAGACCAGAUACCGACAAUGUGCCAAUACUCCAGCCAGAUUCGGCUUACGGCCCAGAUCCGCACACGCAGCCGGGAAUGGACUACGACGACUACCAGGAAGAACCUCGCCCUACGCCGUCGCCAGCCCCGAUUAGGCGCUGGAAAACAGUCAAGGAGGUGCAGUUGUUCAAUGGAAAUCUAGUGCUGGAUUGCCCUGUGCCACCAAAGCUUUUAGCCAACGUUCCUCACGCGAAACCUCCUGAAAGAGACGAAUUCACGCACAUGAGAUACUCGGCGGCUACAUGUGAUCCGUCCGACUUCCACAAUGAAAGAUUCACGUUGCGGCAACGGCUCUUUGCGAAACCUAGACAGACGGAGUUGUUCAUUGUGGUUACGAUGUAUAACGAAGACGAGUUUCUGUUUGCACGCACGAUGAUUGGUGUAUUCAAAAACAUCGAGUUCAUGUGUAACCGCAGUUCCAGCAAGACUUGGGGAAAGGAAGCAUGGAAGAAGAUCGUCGUCUGUAUCGUCAGCGACGGACGUGCUAAGAUCAAUCCAAGAACCAGGGCUGUUCUUGCCGGUCUCGGUGUUUACCAAGAUGGCAUUGCCAAACAACAAGUCAACGGUAAAGACGUUACUGCUCACAUCUACGAAUAUACCACGCAAGUCGGCUUGGAACUCAAAGGCACGCAGGUUUCCCUCAAGCCUCGAUCGGCUACGCCUGUGCAACUGCUAUUCUGUUUGAAGGAGAAGAACCAGAAGAAAAUCAACUCGCAUCGUUGGUUUUUCCAAGCCUUUGGUCGAGUCCUGGAUCCGAAUAUUUGCGUAUUGAUUGACGCGGGAACAAAACCGGGAAAAGACUCCAUCUACCAGCUGUGGAAGGCUUUUGAUUUGGAGCCCAUGUGUGGCGGUGCCUGUGGUGAAAUCAAGGUCAUGUUGGACCAUGGCAAAAAACUCCUCAAUCCUCUUGUCGCCACGCAGAACUUCGAGUACAAGAUGUCCAAUAUCCUGGACAAGCCGCUCGAGUCCGCUUUUGGCUUCAUUUCCGUUUUACCGGGUGCCUUUUCCGCUUAUCGCUAUGUUGCCUUGCAGAAUGACAAGAACGGCGUGGGUCCCCUGGAAAAAUACUUCAAGGGAGAAACGAUGCACGCUGAUGCAGGAGUCUUCACUGCCAACAUGUAUCUUGCCGAAGAUCGCAUUCUCUGUUUCGAGCUAGUCAGCAAACGCAACUGUCGGUGGAUUCUGCAGUACGUCAAAUCCGCCACGGGUGAGACCGAUGUCCCGGACCGAAUUCCAGAGUUUGUGCUGCAACGACGACGAUGGUUGAAUGGCUCAUUUUUUGCCGCCGUGUACGCAGUUGCACACGUAUACCAGCUUUGGCGAAGCGACCACAGUUUCCUCCGCAAACUCAUGUUUCUGAUCGAAUUCACCUAUCAGACGAUCAACAUGCUUUUUGCCUGGUUCGCAAUUGGCAACUUUUUUCUGGUGUUCAGGCUCUUGACGGCCUCGUUAGGCACAAAGGAGACACUGGGAACGGCAGGCACAGUACUAGGAGUGGUCUUUGAAUUUGUGUAUCUCGGAACACUCCUUUACUGCUUCAUCUUAUCCAUGGGUAACAGGCCACAAGGAAACCCGAAGUCAUACAUGAUGAUGGUGAUUUUCUGGUCGGUGCUCAUGGUUUGGUUGACGUUCGCCUCCAUUUUCUUGACGGUUAAAUCGAUCGAGACCGAAGUCCAACAAAAGGACUUUAGCUUCUCCACGAUCUUCAACAACAGCACAUUUUUCGGUCUUAUUGUGUCCCUUGCCAGUACUUACGUACUUUGGUUCGUGGCGAGCUUCUUGUUCUUCGAUCCUUGGCAUAUGUUCACUUGCUUCCUCCAGUAUAUUGUCCUCACACCAACCUACAUCAACGUUCUGAACAUCUACGCCUUUUGCAACACUCACGACAUCACAUGGGGUACGAAAGGUGACGACAAAGCCGAGAAGCUUCCCAGCGCAAAUGUCAAACCCGGUGGCAAGGUGGACGUGUUAAUUCCACAGGACGAUGGAGAUUUGAACGCUCAGUACGAUUCCGAAUUGAAGAAGUUCGCCACCAAGCCACCCAAAGAAGUCAAAGCACCCAAUCCAGCCGAUAAACAGGAGGAUUACUACAAAUCUUUCCGAAGCAAUGUCGUCACAGCGUGGAUGAUCACCAACUUCAUCUUGGUUGCCGCGGUUUUGAACAUUGCAGGGUUUGACCGGAUAAACGUCCAUGAUACCCAGCAGCAGAAUUCGACAAUCUACCUGGCCGUUAUUCUGUGGUCGGUAGCCGGAUUGUCUCUUUUCAGAUUCACUGGGGCCUGUUGGUUUUUGGUUGUGAGGAUGGUGAGUUUGGAAAUAUGGUCCGUUUGCAAGGUUUGA